GGUGUGAGGUGUAUGGUGUAUAUGCUGCUCAGUGCCGCCCGAUCGUCCCCUUCUCAACUAUCAGUGCUCAUUGAUAUUAAAAUUUAGUGAAGCAGUGUUCGUUUGGCUGCUGCUCCUGCCUCAUAAGUAUGGCAGGGGCAAAGCCCGGAGUGCAUAAGCUACAGCUCAAGCCGAUUCACGUGCCCCAAGCUCUACAGGAUGGGGAAACCUUCGUCAAAUGGGACGAGGACGGCACGUGCACAGUUACUCUGAAGAUCGAUCCCCACGGCUACUUCCUCUACUGGAACCACGACUCUGAGUCUCAGGAGACGGAGAUUCUUGACAUCAUGUGUAUCAGAGAUACACGUACAGGCAGAUACGCCCGCGUGCCUAAGGACUCGCGAGUGCAAGCUUGCUUCGGCAACCUAACGUCUCUGGAGAGCAAGUCUCUGUGCGUCGUGUACGGCAACAGCUUCGUUGAUCUUUCCUUCUACAACUUCGUGGGGCAGAAACCUGACACUGUCAAGCUGUGGGCGGAUGCGAUCAUGUCGAUGGCCUACAAUCUGCUGGCGCUGAACUCGUCCCCCGCUAACAACCUACGCAAGGCACACACCAAACUCGUCAUAAGCAAGGACAAGAACGGCAUGAUCCCUGUUAAAAAUAUCGUGCGAGUGUUCGCUCGCCAUGCAGACGACAAGAAGAGAGUGGAACACGCGCUGGAACAGUCAGGUCUCCCCACCGGCAAGAACAAGUCGGUGGACGUGAGCCAGUUUACGUUCGAAGUGUUCCUCGAGUUCUACAGGAAACUCACGUCGCGUGUCGAAGUUGAAAAAAUUUUCUGUCAACUUACAAGCCAGAGUCACCGUAAGCCCGCUAAGGCCAUGGAGGCUAAGGAGCUCGUAGCGUUCCUGAACGACUACCAGCGCGACCCUCGCCUCAACGAGAUCCUCUACCCCUACGCCGACGCGGCGCGGGCCCGUCAGGUCAUCCUGCAGUACGAGCCUGCCAAGGAGAACAUCGCCAGGAAUGUGCUGAGCUGCGAGGGCUUCCUGAACUACAUCCUGAGCGACGACAACAUCAUCAUCGCCAGGGACAAGCUCGACCUCUGCCACGACAUGGACAAGCCGCUCUCUCAUUACUUCAUCAACUCCUCACAUAACACCUACCUCAUAGGUCACCAGCUGACUGGCAGGUCGUCAGUGGAGAUGUACAGGCAGUGUCUGCUAGCAGGCUGCCGCUGCGUCGAACUCGACUUCUGGAACGGCAGGAUAGACGAGCCUAUUGUGGUGCACGGCUAUACGCUCGUGCCUGAGAUAAGUGCUAAGGAAGUGCUGGAAGCCAUAGCGGAAUCUGCCUUCAAGACGUCGGACUGGCCUGUCAUCUUGUCGUUCGAGAACCACUGCAACCCGCGGCAGCAGGCCAAGAUCGCGCAGUACUGCAGGGACUUCUUCGGCGACAUGCUGCUCGACACGCCCUUAGAGGCGUACCCGCUGUCCCCCGGAACACACCUGCCCCCACCAUGUCACCUCAAGCGCAAGAUCCUCAUCAAGAACAAGAAGAAGCAUCGCACCCACAAGAAGAAGGACGCCAGGGGCGGCGGUAACGUGGGCGCCGGCAUCGGUGCUGCCAUCGGCGUCGGCGUCGGUGUGGGCGAGACGCAGUUCCAUGUCGAGCUGUACCCUAGCGAUAGCGGCGACGCUACAUCUGCCGGGGGCACCCCAGCUCGCAGCGCCCCUGGCAACGGCGAGGCACCGCGUCCGCCCCUGCAGAAGGCAACGUCGCGUGACAGCUCUGAGGGCGACCACGACGACCCUAGUGUGGAGGCGGAGGCGCUGGAGAGCUCCAGCAGCGACGAUGACGACGAGCCUGGCGCCUCCCCUGAGGACAGACGCGCGCAGACCAAGGACACGGCGAGCGAGGAGGUGGAGGCGGGCGCUGAGAUAUCCGAGCUCGUGAACUACAUCCAACCUGUGCACUUCCACUCCUUUGAGGUGGCCGAGAAGCGUAACCGAAGUUACGAGAUGUCUUCGUUCGUGGAGACCCAGACCCUGAACCUGCUGAAGGAGAACCCCGUAGAGUUCGUUAACUACAACAAGCGGCAGUUGGCGCGCGUGUAUCCCAGAGGCACUCGCGUAGACUCCUCGAACUUCCUGCCUCAUCAGUUCUGGAACGCGGGGUGCCAACUGGUCGCUCUCAACUACCAGACUCUCGAUUUAUCUAUGCAACUUAACAUCGGACUGUUCGAGUUCAACAACAGGUCGGGUUAUCUCUUAAAACCUGACUUCAUGAUUCGUCCUGACCGACGAUUUGAUCCUUUCGCCGAAAGCACCGUAGACGGCAUCAUAGCGGGGACCGUUUCUGUCAAGGUUAUAUCGGGUCAGUUUCUGAGCGACAAGCGGUCGAGCUGUUACGUUGAAGUUGAGAUGUACGGCCUGCCUGCCGACACUGUCCGUAAACGCUUCAAGACCAAGACCGUCCCCAACAACUGCAUCAACCCUGUGUGGGACGAAGACCCCUUCGUCUUUAAAAAGGUCGUUUUGCCGGAGUUGGCUACCCUGCGCAUCGCAGCGUACGAAGAUACCGGCAGCAAGCCUCUCCUAGGUCACAGGGUUUUGUCUUUGGUGGGCCUAAGACCAGGCUACAGGCACAUCGUGCUGCGCAAUGAGGCUGGUCAGCCUCUAGGUCUUCCUUCCCUCUUCGUGUAUAUUAAAGUACGGGACUAUGUGCCCGAUGGUCUUAGCGACUUCGCUGAGGCUCUCGUGAACCCUAUUAAGUAUCAGAGCGAGCUCGAGAAGCGUGCCCAGCAACUCUCUGUCUUCCAAGACGACGAUUUCGACGAUGAGGCCAAUUGUGCACCAAACACACCCGUCGUGACGAGCUUUAGAGAAGCAUCUGGUGUGACGAGCGGUGGUGGCGUGACGGCGGGCGACGUAAGUGGAGAAAAAAGUGGUAUUGGUGUUGACGUUGGUGGUAGUAACGGUGACGUUUUAGUAGCUCCGGGAGGAAUCCCGGCAAGUCUAGGUCCUGAUUGUGGUGGACUUCCACGAAGACAAAACUCGGUUUCGCACAAGUCCACAUUAACCACUAAAUGCAGUGAAGAAAAAUCCUCUCUUGAGUUCCCGGGCUCGGCGCUCGAGUCUGUCGUCAUAGAGGCCGAGGACAUCGAGAAGUUGAGUACUCAUAAGACCUUCAGAGAGAAGAAGCUCAAGACUGACAAGGAGCUCUCAGAAAUUCAUAAGAAACACAAGAAAGAGAGACAAGGACUGGCUAGCGGCGUUGAUAAGAAGAAAAAAGAACUCGUGAAGCAACAUUCGAAGCUAGAGAAGAAAAUGUCAUCGACUAAAAGCAUAGACGAGAGCAGUCCCCCGACGCGGCUAAGCAGUGAGCACCAACACCGCCUGCACGAGGUGACGCAGAGCUACCAGGCCGCCCUGCACGCUCUGCUGCGCCAGCAGCUCGAACUUGAGCGCAAACUGCAGGAGAAACACCACGAGUCGCUGUACAUGGUGCUGGAGAAGCUGUUGAAGCUGUCGCAGGCCGCACAGCUCAAGAACCUUCAGAACUUACACGACCGCGGCGUCGAGGACCUCAAGAAGAGGCAGGAGGAGUACCUCAGGGAGGAGAGGAAGGUUCUUACCAAGCACACCACCGACAAGCUCGAGCUCGAGAGAAUGAAGCGCGAGAUGCGCAAGGCUCUGGUAGACAGAGGCACUCAGGAGCGGCAGCGUCUCACGGAGAUUUACGAGAAGAAGAGAGAACAGCUCGAGAAGAAGCAAGAAGAAGUCAGGAGAAAGUUUGAGGAGGAGAGAGAGAAGGCACGACGCGCGAUCCAGGAAGAGUAUGACGAGAAACUGAGCUCGGUCGAGAGCUAUUCUCUGAGCGAGGACGUCGCAAACUCGUCGACGUUCCUUAGCGUAAAAAUGGCAUAGCGAACCACACCUCUGCUGUUGUUGUGCCCUGGUAUCUACAGUGCACCAUCUCUGCGCACACUCUGCACUGCUGCUUCUUCUCACUCUGCACACUCUAUGAACUGACCUUCUUCAAAGGUUACUCUCCUCCAGUAUAUAGUUACAACCUUUCAAUCUCCACACACCCGCUACACUCCUCUCACCCUCUCUGGAGGUCACUUCUCCCUCUACACUGCCGAUCUCCCGUAAUCUGCACACACCCGCUACUCUCACCCUCUCUGGAAUUCACUUCCCCCUCUGCACUGCCGAUCCCAAAAAAUCUGCACACACCCGCUACUCUCACCCUCAGCAAAGGUUACUCCUCCUCUUGUUAUGCACAGUCUGUUCUAUGCAAGCAAGUUGUUCUAUUGCUCACUAAUUGUCCUUAAUCCUGCAGUUACGAAUUCCUCGCUAAUUUUAAAUAUUGACCACUCAAAUAUCUGUAUCACGCUGUUUCUUAGCUCUGUUUCAUUAGCUCACGGAAAUUUAUCUAUUUGCUUGUCUUAUAUUUAUUACUUCUUCAUUUUUAUUGUAUAAAUUUUAUACUAAUAUU